CUUCCCCCUUCUGGUGGUGUGGGUAGGUGGCGUGUAAACUACCGGCGACGAAAUUGUAACUCAAAAGCAGACAAACAAGCGAAAAAAAAAUAUUAUAUGUGACUAGAAUGACUUUUGUCAAGUAAAGUUAAAUAGCGUAGUUGCCAUGGGAACAGAGGAGGGUGGUAAAGCGGAUUCUGAGAGUUUCAAUCCAAGUGAUGAGGAAAUUGAGAAGUGGAUGUCCAGCGCUUUUGACGUGGCUAAAGAUGCUCUGCAGAAUGGAGAGGUACCAGUUGGAUGUCUGAUGGUCUACAACGAUGAAGUUGUGGGCAAGGGGCGGAAUGAAGUCAACGAGACCAAAAAUGCCACUCGUCAUGCUGAGAUGGUGGCCCUGGACCAGCUCCUGGACUGGUGUCGUCACGGCAACUUGGAUGUGAGCAGCGUGUGCAAACGAACAGCUCUGUACGUCACCGUGGAGCCAUGCAUCAUGUGUGCUGCAGCCCUGCGUCUGCUCAACAUUCCAGUAGUUGUGUACGGCUGCAGGAACGAGCGGUUUGGAGGCUGCGGCUCAGUUCUAGAUGUUUCCUCUGCAAACUUACCUCAGUCUGGGACCACGUUCAAGUGUGUUUCAGGUCACAGAGCAGAAGAAGCGGUCGAGAUGCUGAAGACUUUCUACAAACAGGAGAAUCCAAAUGCCCCAAAACCCAAAACAAGGAAAGACUGACCGAGUUUCCUGGAAAAAUCAGUUGUACAUUAAGCUUUUUUAUAUUGUUUGUUUUAGCCUUUGUUACUUUUGUAAUUCAAUAAAUGACAUAAAUCAUUGUU